AUGACCGUUUUUGUGGGCGUGCCACUCUUGGUGUGUCUAUGUGUCAUCUGCACUUCUCCCCCGUUGCGUGCUAUUGGCUGUGUCCUCGGUGAUCGCGCCCGUCUGCGUGCGUGGCUCCGGGGAGCAGUCAGGAAGUUGCGCGAUAAAACACGGCCCACCGUCGACUGGAUCGUCGAUACUAUCGCGCCCUUUAUCUUUGGAGUCACGCUGGUGCUCACCACGUCCGUCGGCAUCGUGCUCUACGGCAUCGGCCACGUGGGCAUUGCCACUGCAGCCCGGUCCGGCAUACUCGGCAUCGACCUGGCAACAGUGAGAACAUUGGUCCGGUGGCUGUGGCGGCUCCUCAUUCGUUUCAACUGGGCGUGGGGAUUGCGCACGGUGUUUGGCUGGGAGCGACGACACCGCCGGCACCAGGAAGAACGGCUGCAUCGUCAUGACGAGGAUCUCUUGCUGCAUGACUGUGGCUGUCCGCACCGGCAUCUGGGAGACCACCUCCACGACUGUGUUUUGCGGCGCCACCACUACCGAAACCACGACCUUGGCAGCGAGCUGCAUCAGCCUUGGCACGAUCAUCAUGGCUGGCAACACCAGUACCACCAUCAGCAGCUGACCCAGAACUCGCUCACUGAGGAGGAACUGACAGAGCUGGAGCAGAAGGAAUACCUGGAGACGAGACGGGAGCUUCUCCGGAUCCGUCUUCAACGGCGCGGUAUUCUCACCCAGACCGACGGCUCCUCUGCCUUCGAAAGGCUGGGCUUCGGCUCCGACUAUCGUGAUUUCGGCACUCAGACAGGCUCACCUAGAAACACCUACCGCCACCCGUCCCCAUUCCCCGCCCCCAUGCCCUCACCAGAGCUCGGCGAGAUACCACCUCGCCAGCCGCCCGUUCGAUGGCAACCUACGGUCGAGGAUGAACCAGAGGCUGAGGCACGAGAGAACGAAGCAGAGGAAUCCGAGUGGAGGUACUUGCAAGUCGCGGCCAAUAAUUUUUGGUGA